AUGAGACAGUCCUUCACCAUAGUAGGUUAAAGAAAUUCGCGUCUGGUUGGUCUUCUUUUGAUAAAGAUGGCCACUAGUCCUAAAAGACCAUCACUGGGGGCAGUAGCCCCUCGUAAAAAAGCGAAUCCAAAGCCUGAACUGACUGAGGAGCAAAGACAGGAGAUCCGAGAGGCGUUUGAGCUGUUUGACACUGAUGGCUCUGGUUACAUUGAAGUGAAGGAGUUAAAGGUGGCCAUGCGAGCAUUAGGUUUUGAGCCUAAAAAGGAGGAAAUCAAGAAAAUGAUUACAGAGGUGGAUAAAGAUGCUACUGGCAAGAUCUCUUUCAAUGAUUUUCUGACAGUUAUGACUCAAAAAAUGGCUGAUAAGGACUCUAAGGAAGAAAUUCUUAAAGCAUUUCGGCUGUUUGACGAUGAUGAGACAGGAAAAAUAUCUUUCCGGAAUCUAAAGCGAGUGGCCAAAGAACUGGGGGAGAACCUCACAGAUGAAGAGCUACAGGAAAUGAUUGAUGAAGCAGACAGAGAUGGCGAUGGGGAAGUUAACCAACUAGAAUUUCUUCGCAUCAUGAAGAAAACAAGUUUGUACUGACACCAUAAGCAUAGGAAAUGUUAAUUGCUAUAUAAACAUCUUUUUUUAUGAUUUCACAGUUUUAUGCACAGUACCAUUCCAAAACCUUGAUGCCUGUCAACCCCGGGGGUCAUUUCAGGUCCAUGGGUGUUUGCCAAAUAGCAAAGACGUCAACUGUUUACAGACUAUAUAUUUAAAUCUUAGCAUUAAAUAUAUAAUCAGUAGCAUACAACAGAUUAAUAUAAAGGUGUAGUAUGCACUCAAAUAUUCUUUGAAACUGUGAUUGUAAUAUGAGUUUAUGCCUUAGGGUUUGUUAAUGUUAAAAUAUUUUUUUAAAUGUGAUUAUAUCACCGAUUGAACUAUCCAGGGCCUAUCUAAAUGAUUGAUGAUAAGCCUAUAUUUUACGUUAACAAUUGCUUCAGUUGACUCUAGCAUCAGUGUUUUGUAUGCUUUAUAAUACAUUACACUUUCAGGGAUGUGUGUAUUGUACCUUUCUCUGUGCCUCAGCUUGUAAAGAGAUCUCAGCAGUUUAAGCGAAUAUAAUGUCAUCCUGUGGUUGUAUUUUUCCUGUUUGCACAUGUCUCUCUCAAAUUGGUUUCAGAUGUUUUGCACUUGAUUACAACUGAGAUGCUAUUUAAGUAUUAUUUAAAGUUGAGUAAAAUAUAUCAAGCAUCUGUUCUUGAGAUUACUGGUCUUGGGGUUUAUUGUCUAAACGAGGCAUUAAAACAGGAGUUUUGUAGUCUCCAUUCACUUUCAUUGUAUGGAAAAAAGAUGCAAUGAAAGUCAGUAGUGACUGUGGUUGUAAUUCUAACAUUUCCUUUUGUGUUCCCUGAAAGAAAGUAAUACGUGUUUGGAACAACAUGAGAGUGAUUAAACAAUGACAAAAGUUUCAUUUUGGGGUUAACUAUCCCUUUAAAUUACAAUAUACUGUAUGCUGAUCACACAUUUUACAGAUUUGCUUAACCCUUAAAUGCAUGGGCGUUUUGCCAAACAUUAUUACAUACCUCGGUUCUUUAGCAACCCGACAGUUUAAUCUAUCACUAAUGGAUCUACAAAAUGCAAAGAUAGUUUAAAAGACAAUUAUAUGCAUUUUUUAAGACAAUUUAAAAAAAAUCAAAUGGAAUAUAUUUAGUUAUUUUAUUUUUCAUUUAUCAAAUAAAUGAUGCAACAAAUUAUAAAACGGGAUUCAUUACUUCCACGCUGAAAUUUUAUGAGACUCAACAUGUCAAACACAUAUUAAGCUAUAUUUAACGCAUAAGCUACACAUAAAUUACUAUGUAAAUGUAUUUUCUAAGGCACUUUUUCAGUCUAAACAGAUGCACAACUUACAUAAAUUCAGUAGUACACCCAAAUGUCAAUAGCCAUGUAAUAUACUGUUCAUGAGUUGUACUUGCUAUAGUUCACUUCCCUGAUGCUUCUUCAUCAAAUAGCAAUGUCAAAUGUCAAUCACUGAAACAGCGCUACUUUGAGUAACAAAUAACAUGUAUAAUAUGUAUGUGUACACACAUUUGUAAUACUGAUAAUUAACCACCAUUGCGCAGAAAAUUGACAUGAUAUAGUAGUCCUUUGUAUGAAUAAGGCACUCUUUUGUCUUGUAAUAAACAAGGAAAUAGAUAUCCUGUGAUUGUAAACAAAUAGUUAUGAAAUAAUCAUAAAAAUAUGAUUUAUAGAAGUGGAAAUAUAUAUUUUGACACCAAUACAUAUCUCAGGUCACUAAAGACCCCAUAU